AUGCAUAUGCCUUAUGGGACGCGAACGGCGGGUAGUUCAGUAACAAGAAAUCAGAAAGCCAAGCUUGCCGCUGAUUACCAAGAAUUAUUAAAAGAACUAUCAACACCUGAAAUAAAAUGUGUUGGAAAUUAUGUUCUGGAGAAUACACUUGGAUCAUAUGGAAAGGUCAAACUAGCAACACACAAAAUUACUGGUCAAAAGGUAGUUUUAGACCAUAUUUCGGGUUCAACUAUCAAAGCUUUGUAUUGUGAAGGUGGAGAAUUGUUUGAUUUUUUAUUUGCUCGUGGAAGACUGAGAGAAAGUUUAGCAAGAAAAAUGUUUGGACAAUUAUAUUUUGGUUUCACCAGAGAAUGUGAAAAUAAAAGAUUGUUGGAAACAAUUUGUGGGUCAACAGGGUAUUCAGCACCAGAAAUGCUCAGUGGAAAAAAAUAUUCCGGGAUAGAAGCUAAAGACUUGAUUAGUUCAAUAUUAAAAUUAGAAUCUUCCGAGCGAUUAUCGUUAAAACAGAUUUUACAGCAUCCAUGGUUUUCAAUAAAGGAUGAUGACGAUGACGAUGACGAUGAUUGGGAUACAACUGAUGAUAUAGAUGAUUUCGAUUCUAUAAUAUCAAAUGAAGAUAAUAUUAAACCAAUGACAAUCAUCUCACAAUCAAAAGAAAAGAAUAGUGAUAUAAAUCAUUUUGAAUAUCUUGAGCGACAACGACAAGAAAUUUUUCAAUCCAAUAAAAAUUCAUCAACAAAUAAUCAAAAUCAAAUGACAUUUAAUAGAUAUAAUAAAAUUGAGAAAGAAAAUACAACAAUUGUACCUUCAGCAUUUAAAACACGAUUUAAUGGAAUUGCAUCUUCCUCUAAUCAAGUUUGGGAACCUUCACCAUUACCACCAAAAGUUACACGAAGAUCUUCAGUUAGUAGUAAAACUCUUAAUGAGAAAAUAUUCUUUACAACCCCCGAAGAAAAAGAAUUAUUGGAAAAGUUUGAUAGUUUGGGUUUAAAUAUUCAAUCAAUAAAAAAUAGUGUUUUGGAAGGUAAAGUGGAUCCAGUUAGUGGAUUAUGGUGGUUAUUAUUAAAUAAAUUAAGGGAAAAGAAAAAAUUAGAAGGAACACAAAAUUUAGUAACAAUGGUUGAUGUAGCUGUUGAUUAUAAAGUAGAUAAAAAUUCUGGAAUAGAAAAUUCUACAAAAGUUCAAAAAGAAAUAAUACCACCUACUCCUCCACCCAAAACAUAUCAUUCUGCACCAGCUUCACGUGAAAGACGAAAAUCUUUGAUACUUUCAUUACCUGAAGCAGUUGAACCUGUUUUAACGACUAUUACAGCUACAGCUUCUCCUCCUUUAUCACCAAAAAAGUAUUCAUCAUUUACAAGUCCAUUAAGUUCUAGAUCAGUAAGAGGUUUAUUUUCAACAAUUAAAGGAUGGUGGGUUGGAACUAAUCAUCAUCCAAAAGAUUAUAAAAAAGGUUGGACUGAAAAUGGAAUAAUUGUUCCCGCUGAACUUUUACAUGCAAGAUCACGUAAAACUUCACCAGGUUUUGAUGGAAUUAAUUUUCAAAGAAGGGCUUCAAUAAUUUCACAUGGAUCAAUAAAAGGGAAAAAAAAGAAUAGAAAUUCUUUACAAGGUAAUAAAAGUCGACGUUCUAAUCUUGCACCAUUAACGAUACCUCCUGUUACACCAUCCGUUGUUCUUUCACAAAAUUCACCUACCGGAAUGUCACCUAUUCCUGGUACACCACCAGCUGCCAGACCUAAAACGAUGUUUACAAUAAAUCGUAGAAAUCCAUUUGCACAUCCAAAUUCUUCAUGGGGACGUAAACAAGUAAAAAGACGGAGUACAGAAAAUAAUAAAAAAGUGAUAUCAAAAAUAGACGAACAAUCCAUAAUUGUAGAAUCAUCAAAAUCGGAACCUAUCAUUAUAGCAUCUCCUCCAUUAACUCCAUCACCCACUUAUCAAAAUAUAAAUAAUGAACCUUCUUUGUCUAUAAAUGAAAAAAAUGAUAAAAUUGAUUCACCGAAAGUAAAAAAAUCACCAAAAGUAGAAAAAUCAUUUAAAGUAGAAAAAUCACCAAAAGUAGAAAAAUCACCCAAAGUAGAAAAUUCAUCCAAAGUAGAAAAAGUAGAUAAGAUAACAGAGGUUAAGAAUAUAGAAUCUAGUGAUGAUGGUGAGGAAUCUGAUAUAUUUGUUGAUGCUGCAAGUGAAAUCGCAUCUCAUCAAUCACGUACUCCUUCUCGUACUCCUUCACCUUCGCCAUCUACAUCUACCACCGCACCUCCAUCACCUAAUGCUUCACCUAUAUUUAAACCUGAUGUAUCUCCACCUUUGUCUCCUACGAAAGGUAAUAAAGAAAUAACUACUUCUCUUCCAUUUUCAUCAAACAGAAAUCAUACAAGGUUGCCAUCAUUCCCUCCUCCUAAUACAAUGAUAUCAAGAGUAAAAGGAAAGAAUUCAGAGACAAAUACAGAAAGACCUCAUCAAUCUGUAUUUAACUUUAUGUCUACAUCUACAGAGUCAUCUCCUGUUUGUAAACAUUCUCAAUCACGUCAAUAUCAUAAUCAUAAUCAUAAUCGUACUCAAUCUUCACCUGUUACGCUUAUUAAAAAUGUUGAUGAAAUUGAGAAUAAUAUUAAGAAUGAAAUUAAGAAUGAAAUUAAAAACAUUGAUAUUAUAUCUAAACAGAGAAAACAAUUUGAAAUACUAGAAUCUGGAUCAAGAAAAGAUUUAUCUCCUUCACUUCCAAAUAUUAUUAAUAUUCCUAAUAAUUCACGUAAUCCCUUACAAAAUAGAAUACCAAGAACAAAUGUUAGGAAUGAAAAGCACAAUUCCAAUAGUAAUAAUAAUUUGACUAGUUAA